GGUUCCGGGACUCGCGGCUUCUGCGCUCUCUCCCUGGAGGCUCAGGGACCCGGCGGGUGUGGAGCACCAUCCUAGUCCGGGCUUUGGUGGUUGAUGGUGGCGUCUGACCAAGACUUUCAGAGGAAGAGACGGCUGAGGAAAGGUGCCAGAGAGGUCCUAGAACCGUAAGAGCAGUCGCCUUACCUUUCCAGAAGAAUGGAGGACAAUAUGAAGUUUGCUGUGGUAGAAGACAGUGUGGAGUACCGCCUGUUCCUGAUCCCGGAUAAAGCAGGGGAGCCAGAAGAGCACACAGAGACUCUUCAGAAGUACAUUGAGAGAAUAAUGACGCAUUUUGCAUCUAUACUUGUCCCCUAUAUCUGGCAGAAUCAGCCUUUCAAUCUCAAAUUUAUACCUGGGAAAGGCGGUGUUCCUGCUCAUAUGUAUGGCAUGACAAAGUUUGGAGAUAACAUUGAAGAUGAAUGGUUUAUUGUUUAUGUGAUAAAACAGAUUACAAAGAAAUUUCCAGAAUUAGUAGCAAGGAUUGAAGACAAUGAUGGUGAAUUCUUGUUAAUAGAAGCUGCUGAUUUUCUCCCUAAAUGGUUGGAUCCUGAUAAUAGUGCCAAUAGGGUGUUUUUCUACCAUGGGGAGCUGUGCAUUAUUCCAGUACCACAGAAAUCUGAAGCAGCAUCCUGGAUACCCACUACAACCCCCACAAUCCUACAAGCUUUGAGUAUAAUCCCAGCACACCCAGAAGAAGUUUUAGCUUCAGAAUCUGUGCGAGCUGCUGUGAACAGGCGCAUCAGAGGGUACCCAGAAAAAAUUCAAGGCUCCCUUCAUCGAGCACACUGCUUCCUUCCAGCUGGCAUUGUGGCCAUACUAAAGCAAAGGCCCAGACUGGUGGCUGCAGGGGUCCAAGCCUUCUACCUACGGGACCCUAUUGACCUGCGAGCCUGUCGUGUUUUCAAGACAUUUUUGCCUGAAACACGAGUAAUGACAUCGGUCACUUUCACUAAAUGUCUGUAUGCACAGCUGGUACAGCAGAGGUUUGUACCAGACCGGCGGAGUGGAUAUGGGCUGCCACCUCCAUCACAUCCCCAGUACCGAGCCCAUGAAUUGGGCAUGAAGUUGGCUCAUGGAUUUGAGAUUUUAUGCUCCAAAUGUAGCCCACAUUUUUCUGAAUCCAGGAAAUCCCUUGUGACUACCUCACCACUCUGGGCCAGUUUCCUUGAAAGUCUGAAGAAGAAUGAUUACUUUAAGGGACUGCUAGAAGGUUCUACUCAGUACCAGGAAAGACUAGAAAUGGCAAAGAAUUACUUCCAACUCUCAGUGCACCGACCAGAAAGUUCACUUGCUAUGAGCCCAGGUGAAGAAAUCUUAACUGUGUUACAGACUUUACUGUUCGAUGUAGAAGAACUUAAGAAAGAAGAAGCUAAUCUUCCUCCCGAGGAUGAUGACCAGUGGUUAGAGCUCUCACCAGAGCAGCUGGACCAGCUACUGCAAGAAGCUGUGGGAGAAAAAGAAUCACAGCCCGUUGCCAAGAAGGAGAAGCAGAGCUGUGACUUAACUCAGGUCUCUGAGAGCAUGAAAGCCUUCAUAUCCAAAGUCUCCACCCACAAGGGAGCAGAGCUGCCUCGAGACCCUUCUGAGGCUCCAAUCACUUUUGAUGUGGAUUCUUUUCUUAAUUAUUUUGAUAAGAUUUUGGGACCGAAGCCUCACGAGUCGGAAUCUGAUGAUCUGGAGGAGGAAGACUUCGAAUGUUUAGAUAGUGAUGAUGACUUAGACCUUGAAACACAGGAACCAGGUUCUCUAAAAGGAACUCUUGAUAAUCUCAAGUCAUACAUGGCCCAGAUGGACCAGGAACUGGCACACACCAGCAUUGGCAAAAGUUUUACCACCCGAAAGCAAGUGAGUAAGGAAACGCCUUCUCAGACUGCAAAUAACAAUUCAGAUGAAGAUUCUGGCGCAGACGACUGUGCUGUGACACCAGUGGAUGUAGACCUGAACCUGGUUUCAAAUAUACUGGAAUCCUACAGCUCCCAAGCUGGACUGGCAGGACCCGCUUCCAACCUUUUACAGAGCAUGGGAGUGCAGCUGCCUGACAACACUGAUGACAGACCCCCAAGUAAGCCAGUGGAGGAUUAGCCAGCCUGUCCACUGUGCUGUCACUGUAAAUAAAGAGAGUCCAAGUUUGGUCA